GCCGCCCGGUGCCGGGGGGCGGGCCGGGGGCUGGCGGCGGGGGGCGGGGGGCUGCCGGCAGCGCCCUCCCCGCCGGCCCGGGGGGCGCGGCUGCGGCGGGAGGCGGUGGCGGCGGUGCGGAGCGGUGCGGUGCGGUGCGGAGCGGAGCCGCAGAUAAGAGAUGGAAGUGUUGGCCGCGCUUUGCAGCAAACCUCACACAACCUGCGAGGGGAACUGAAGCAGAAAGCAAAGCUGAGACAAAGCAGCGUCUGACCUUGUCACUGGGGGGCAGAAAACAGCCACUGGCUGCCGCUGGUUUUACUGGUGCUUCAAUCAAACUCCCUGUGCAAUGUGGAAUUACAGAGAGCUGAGAAACUGCAAGUUCUUUCCAGGUCCGUGGGGUGAAUAAAAACUGUUACUCUUGGCUUGAUUUGUCAUCCUUUGGGGAACAAAAAAAAACCCAACAAUAAUGUCAGACUGGCAAUUAAAUAGUUGUGUUGUUAGACCAAGCGCAACUUAAGUGGGUUGUCCUGGAGGUGAGAGUGACUCUGGCCAGCAAAGCCAAGGAGAAGCGGGUUCAGCUUCACGUCUACCCAGGAUUCCUUGGAGAAGUGAUAAAGUGAGUAAUAAGACAAAGUGGGAGUUACAAAGCGGAUGCAAUAGCUUCAGCAGAACUUCUCUUCACUGCCACAUCCGCUCGUUAAAAAGCAACUAACAUUGUUUUGAAAACAAUUUUGGGGAAACAAAAUGCAGUUUGAGCGUCUCUGCAGUUCCUGUGUCUGAUACAUUAAUCAAGAAAAUUAGUGAUAUAACACAAACGAAGGAAAGGAGUGAGUAUGGCGAAGGCAGCUAAGGAAAUUCAAAUGGAGAACCCAAGAGAGGUAGAGACUCACAGCACAGGGGCAACGUGUUCCCCGUCAGAGGAACGGGCAGAAAAACCCUCCAUGCUCUGUUUUAAGAAGCGGAAGAAGUCCUGUAAGAAAGGGCAGAGCGUGAAGGAUGCGUGUGAAGGAGCCUCGGAGGAGAAAAGCCAAAGUAUCAGCACCGACCAAGGGGAGGCCAAAGUUUCUAAUCAAUCGCGAUCCUCCAAAGGAGCCUGGGCAGCCAUCAAAAACCUCGCAAGACCUCGGAGAAGGCAAAAAUCCUCCUCGUGGAAGAAGGUGCCCUCUGAUUCCCGAGUGCAGCUGGAGGUGGAUGCUGAGGAGGGCCGUGCACAAGGCGUCCCAAAGAAACGGGUCAGCUCUGGGGUGAAGAUGCCCUGUGUACGGUUCUCCAGAAGCAAGAAAAAGCUCAGCCCCUCUGAAGCCGUGGAGGAUUCGGAGGGCAGCGUGCAAGCAAAUGAGGUGAUGGGCAUUUCGAAUAAAGCUAGUGAAGAGAUGGAGGAUUUGGCCCCACCGGAUAAGUCUGAAUCCUUCAGCCCAGUCUCUGCGGAGGAGGACCAGGAGACGGUGAAGGAAAGCGUCAACUCUGUUGGGAAGAGCGAGCCCUUAGAGCCCACACCUGAUGCAGAGGAACAUACAGAGUGCCCUGCUCAGUCGGAGGUAACUGAGUCAGAGACAGUUAAUGAAACAGCCCGGGAGGCACCGCCGGAGGGGACCCUGCCCCAAAACACAGUCCAUGCGGAAUGUGGGGAAGCUGCUCCCGAAGCGCCUGUUUCCAAGGAUCAACCCGACAGCACCCCUGAAACCACGGAGCUGCAGGAAAUCCCUGAUGCCUGCAGAGAGCUGCCUGAAGGGGAUGAAUCAGAAAAGAGUGUAAAUCUUCCCGAGGAGUGCAAAGCCGAAGAAACUGUAAUGGAUUUCAGUCAGUCGGCAUUUAAAGAUGAUGUGAGCGUGCAGGGCUGCUCCAGCCAGCAGGUGAGUUUAGCAGCAAGCAUGGGCACUGGAGUUGGCAUCGUCAUCACUGUCACCGAAGCCGAGGACUCUGACAACACUGACUCUGACCAGGCCUACGAGCCAUCCCCGGUUUUGCACCACAAGAAGCAAAGAGGGAAUAAAAAAUCAAGCGAGAGCUUUGAUUUUGGUACAAAAGAGGGCCCCGAGGCCGGUGGUGGUCCCCAGGCAGAGGAGAAAGGUCCAGGUGACCAUGGGCACAGAACUGGGGAGCAGUACGAAUUGCUCCUCAUUGAAACGGCAUCUUCCCUCGUGAAGGCAGCCAUUCAGUCAUCCAUCGAGCAGCUAGUCAGUGAAAUGGCUCUGGAACAGAAUAAACACAACAGUUUUCUGUGAUGGCAGUGAUGACCCCAAAAGAAAGAGUACAGGGAGUGAUUUAAAACUCCAUUUGGCCUGGGGGGGAGAAAGCUUGGAGGGCUUCCGGGGCCGAGGUGUAGUUAAUUCUGCAUGCCCAUUCAGUUGUGUGUCUAUGUGAAAUGGAUCCUGGGCUGUGGGACAGACCCUGCUACGCACAGCCUGUCCCCUGGGGCUGGGGCUUCAGGCAGUGCCAUCAGCCGCAGCUGCGGGAAGAUGAAGGUGUUGCAGCAACUGUGUUUUCAUCUAGUGGCAUUUUUACAUUAAGGCCACGUCUCUGACACCGUCCAUGCCAGGUAUCCCUCUUGUUCAUGCUGUAGAUCUGUAUGCACCACGUGUCUAGCGAAAGGUCCCGAGAGGUGCUGAGCACCCGACCUGCUGCUGGGCUGGAUUCGGGGCACGUCGGACGGGGCUGGAGGUUUGCCCUGGGCUUCGGUGGAGACAAGGGAGGAUGAAGUGACUGCAAUGUUAACACAAAAACAUCAAUGCCUGACAUGCUCAGGCCAGCGUUUAGUAUUGCAAACAGGUACUUGCUAUGUACAGAUGCCAGAAGCUGCAUCGCCCCUGCUGUCACGUCGCAUGAAGCUGGAUGGUUGCAGUGAGCGACGUUUUCCAUUUGGCCUCUUCCCCUGUCACAAGCAGCCUGUGCAUUUCCAGACACGUUAAGGCACAGCAUCAGCCGCUCGCCUUGCUGACCCCAAGCUGCGCGAAUGCCAAGAAAACGACAUCGCUUCGUUUGCUGGGGGCUCGUUCUCGCACCAUUAAACUCAAUGGGCAGAAUUCCCAGCGGCAUUGGUGGCGCGGGCUGGGCAGGAACGUGCCUGCUGUGGCCAGCCCCUCUGCGUCCUUCGCCUCGCUCCACCCCAGUCACGAUGUCGUGGUGAAGCUCUCCUCAGAUGGAGCAUAUUUUUGAUAUAAGGCAUGUGAUAUAAAUAGCAGUGAGCUGCAUGCAUGUUAGCAGUCAGCUAGGCUGAGACAUUGGGGUUGUUCAGUCUGAAGAAGAAAAGGCUCCAGGGAGACCUUAUUGUGGCCUUUCCAUACUUCAAAGGGGCUGAUAAGAAAGAUGGGGACAGACUUUUUAGCAGGGCCUGUUGCAAUAGGACAAUGGGUGAUGGUUUUAAACUAAAAUAGGGGAGAGUCAGGCUAAGCAUAAGGAAUAGAUUUUUUACAAGAGGAUGGUGAAACCCUGGCCCAGGUUGCCCAGAGAGGUGGUGGAUGCCCCAUCCCUGGAGACAUCCCAGGCCAGGCUGGACAGGGCCCUGAGCAACCUGAUCUGGUGAAGAUGUCCCUGCUCAUGGCAGGGAGGUUUGACUAGAUGAGCUUUGAAGGUCCCUUCCAACCCAAACUGUUCUAUGAUUCUGUGAUUCUAUGAUUCUCUUGCCUCCAUCUUUACAUAGUUUGGGCAGCUGUGAUGUUCUGCUGGUGCUGGGAUGGCUGUAAGUGGGGAGGAGAGUUGGUCUGAGCACUGCCAGUGUCCCUGGGUGCUGGGGGCAGCCUGUUCCGCAAGGUUCCCCCCGCACAGCAAAGCCCACUCGGCUUCAGUGAGUCUGGGCAUCCCCUGGGAAACGUGCAUUGCUCCAGCGGGCUCUGGCUGGCUCCAGCACGCCAUGUAGCCUGCUCUGAAACACGCAGGGAAAUGCCAGAGAGAUCUUACCAAAGUCCUCAGGGAAAACAUCUAGACGUGAGAGCCUGGGGACAUGGCUGUAAAAUGCCUGGACAGACCAAUUGCCAUCAAAACCCCACCAACUGCCCUUCUCUGAUGGGGUUUGCACCAGCAUAGUGUGUGUGUGUGUGUGUGAGCGUCGCCUCUAACUACCAGCUCUCCAAGAGAAAAGAGCCUUUUAAUAAUUUGGGAUUGCAUCUGAGCAGCUGGGAUUUAUGUACAGCUGCGGGCAAGUCAGCCUGUUCUGAGAAAAUUCUCCUGUGUAUUUCUCAGCCGAUACAGAAAUAGCAGCCUCGCUUGGCAAUUGCUCACUGACCAUAGGCGGUUCACUGAGAUUUCCCUUCCCAGCCUAGGAUUUGGAUUUCUGUUCAAAUAUAAGGGCUGUAAACUUUCCUGGUACCUGGUGCGCAACCACAUUUUAAAGUUUGAUAAAGCCUCUCUGUUGUUACGAGAGGACUGCGAGCAGCGAGUGCCACGGCUUGUUUCUGUGCAAGUAAAACUUAAGGAAAAAUCAGAGGAUGUAAAAAAAGCAACAAAAAAGGUGUCUUUUUCUGUGAAUUUAUUUGAUAAGUUAUCAGAUAUUGAUACUUCAGUGUGUACAAUUUUCAUGGCUCUGUACUUCACACUGGUUCUUCCAAGUAUUUCGCCGUGGUUUUGAGAGGCACUCUUUGAAGAGUUUGGUAUGUACUUUGGAGCUGCCGCAGCACUGUGGAGGAGCCGUGCUGGUGCUGGAGGCUGCUGACGGGAUCGCACGGGAUCACACCGGGCACCGCGGCCAGUUGGUGCCAAGCAAAGGGCUGCAGCAUCUCUGUGGGACCCACUGGCGUCAGCUGCGGAGGACAAUGUCUGGGGUUCUGGUGAAGAAACCCAAAAUGACCCCACGGGGCCAGGCUGUCAUCUUCUGUCAGCCCGCUAAGCAGUUUUGAGAAGAUUUCUUGUAUUUCAGUAUUGCCUUUUAGGAGAAACAUGUCUUCAAAAGUAGGAGAACGGCAGAAAUGCUUUGGUCCAGCGUGGCCCCUGUACCUGUUGCUCCGCAUCCAGGGUUGUGUUUGCACCCUUUCUGUAGCUCUUUUUUCCCCUCGGUUAUAGCUGUACAUAUAACUGAUGAUUAUUUCAUUAAAGCUGAAUGUACCUGUU